CUGAGGAUAAGGGAGAAUGAAAGAGAAGACAACAAGUUACAGAACCAGAUAAAACCCCCAAGAACGACUCUUUCCAGUUUCCUCUUUAGAUGAUGCCACCCAACCCACCCUGAUUAUACUGGCAAGCCACGUUCUCACCACUUCCCUCUAUAAAAACCCAAAUUCCUCUCACAUCAUCUUCAAAAUCUCUCACUAGAAUUCCCAAAAUCAGCUUCCUAGGGCAAUCCAACUCUAACCCAAUCCUUUCUUAAAUAAAAAACCCAGAAAGAAAGAAAAGAAAAAUGUCUCUCAUUCCAAGCUUCUUCAGCGGCCAAAGAACAAAGAUCUACGACCCAUUCUCGACCGAUCUAUGGGACCCCUUCCAGGGCUUCGGCUUCGGCUUCCCUUCCUCUGAUCUAACUAACGUUCCAACCACUUCACCCGAAAUCUCUGCUUUCGUCAAUCCUCGUAUCGAUUGGAACGAAACCCCAGAAGCCCAUAUCAUUAAAGUCGAUCUUCCAGGGCUAAAUAAAGAGGAAGUGAAAGUUGAAGUUGCAGAAGGGAAUAUUGUUGAGAUCAGUGGAGAGAGAAGGAAAGAACAAGAAGAGAAGAAUGAAACGUGGCAUCGAAUGGAACGCAGCUAUGGUAAGUUCUUGAGGAGGUUUAAGUUACCAGAGAAUGUAAAAGUAGGUCAGGUGAAGGCAUGUAUGGAGAAUGGAGUGCUUACCGUGAUUGUUCCUAAAGAAGAGGUGAGGAAGCCUGAAGCAAAGCCCAUUGAGAUUUCUGGUUAAAUGGGAUUUGAGCUUAAGACCCUCACAUUGCAUCUGGGUUUUGUAGUGUUUUGGAAUCUGGGUUUUGGGUUUUCCUGUUUUUUGGGUGUCUGUGUAAAGCCUCAUGGUAUCUACUAUGUACAUACGUAGAUCUCCAAUAAAGUAACUGUGAACAACCUCACAUGGGUGGUGUGUUUCACUUUUUGUCCCUUCAA